UCCUUAUCCUAGGUAUAUUCCUUUUCUUAAAUCCAUUCCCUUCUUUUAGCCUUUGAGCCUCUGAGCUCUGACUGAAUUAUAUAGCAGACAACAUUUUUCUGAUUAAGAACAGAGCAGUCAAUUGGCCAGACAGCAUAACUCCCGUCCCCACCUUCCACCUGAAAUGUUCAAUCUCUACAAAUAAUUUUAGGAUUCAUUUGCUUUAAGGAUCAAUUUAUCAGUACAACUGAGUUGAAUAUUUAGGCUGUCAAAAAAAUUUAAACACAUUUAAAAUAUAGUAAUUAAAUAAUAAAAAUUGGUUUAAAUACAACAUUUGACAGAGGGGGCACUGCCUCCUGAUGCACCCCAGUGGCACCGACCCUGGACGCGUAUAUGAAUGGUCUUGAUAGAGUCCACUCUUCCAGCACUGCUCUGCUAGACUGAAUCCCGUUGGGUAUCACGACUCACUUGCGCUGCAGCCCCGCCCCUCUCGCAACUCCGUAGACUUCAGUGCACAUAAACAGCUGAUCGUGCGACUUAGAGCAUCUCAUUCACAGUCCGCAAUGUCAUCUGAAGAGCUCGCACUGAAGCUGCAGCGCAGGCUGGACGCCGAACAGCAUGACCCGAAACCCCGUUCACCGCUGAUCCCGGUACAAACAGAAGCGAGCGAGGAGCCGCCGGUGAAACCUGCCGACGUGAACGGCGACGCCACCUCUGAACUCACGGAGAAACUCAAUCGCAGGUUGGACAUUCAAGACGGCACGUCGAAGCCCAAACAGAUGAAGGUUUUCAAUCCGUAUAGUGAGUUCAAAGAGUUCUCCCGCAAACAGAUCAGAGAUAUGGAGAAAAUGUUCAAGAGAUUUGACUCUGGUAAAGAUGGCUUUAUUGAUCUGAUGGAACUCAAGCUGAUGAUGGAGAAGCUUGGAGCUCCACAGACUCAUUUGGGACUGAAAAAUAUGAUCAAGGAAGUGGAUGAAGAUUAUGAUGGCAAACUCAGCUACAGAGAGUUCCUGCUGAUCUUCCGGAGGGCCGCUGCAGGUGAGUUGCAGGAAGAGAGUGGGCUUAUGGCUCUCGCUCGGCUUUCAGAGAUUGACGUCUCGACUGAAGGAGUUCUUGGAGCGAGGGACUUCUUUGAGGCCAAGGUUCAGGCUCUGUCUGUGCGCAGUAAGUUCGAGGCAGAGAUACGAGAAGAGCAAGAGGAGAGGAAGAGGAUGGAACUCGAAAGAAAACAACGGCGUGCUGCGUUUAAAGAGCUACAAUCUACAUUCUCAUAAACACACACAUAACACAUCUUACCGCUUACUCAGUUUAGCACAUCUGCGUCUCUUUCACCCACAAAUACAUACUAAUUCUUGAUCAGCACAUUUUAAAUAAACAAAUACGUGCACUCUCAGCCUCUUGGAUCUCACAUCUAAAUAUAAUCACAGCCAAGGGGUACCACUGAACAAGUAGCAUUAGCAUUUGGUCACUUGCAGCUAUCCUGAAAUAUGCAUGUGGAAUUAAUGUUGUUGGUGGGGACCUUCAGAUUAGGGCCAUACAGAGAGGCUGUGGAAAAGACUGAAGCAACAGAAGCGAGUAAGAUUUCAGGAGGGUUGUCAAAGCUAAUUUAAGUUUAAAGAUAAAACAGCACACACUUUAAAAGACGAGAUUGUGCUUCUAUUUUACUCAUUCAAGUAACUAUAUAUUUUUAGAAACAAAACAAAAGGUUUGUUGUAAAGUUAUUUAGUGUUAAUCAUAAUUUUAGACACAUGCGAUGUCGGUGUUGUGGCACAAAUAUUGAUUAUGACCAACAGAUGAGAUGUAAAGUUAGACCACGGAAACUAUGGUAACCAAGUGUCAAGAAGUAUUUUUAUUUUUUAUAUAUUUUAAUCAUGCAUUUUGUUCGAUUUUCUUUUUUUAAAGUACUACAUAUGUGACACCUAAUUAUAGUUUUGUUGUUAAAGUUAAGUUUUGGUUAAUUGUAUUUUAUAUUGGAUGCUCAUAAAAUGUACAAGUGACUCUUA